CGUUAGACUGCUCACACAUCUCCGGUUUCCACGUGUACCUCGCGUGUGUUCGCGACGAUUCGAUUGCCAUUGGCUAUCGCGGGUUCCGCGGCAACCUGUAUUAUCGAUUGUACGCGUUCUGCGCACGUUGCUGCAGUUGCUCGUGGCACCGCCACCACCAUGACACACGCAAGUAGUUUGUGUACCGCAUUUUCGUCUUCGCGUUGACGUAACCGGUCGUGCGCUAAUUCUGCUUGAUUUCCGAUUUUCUUCUGCGAACCGCUAUCGUGCCGAUACGUAUUUCGUUGGUUAUGACAUUGCCUGUUUAACGUUGUUCCUGCUUAUACACGUUUCGCCUGACAUUUUCCGUCCGACCGCCAUAUUCAAUUUCAAAUUGUGCAUUUUGCGCAUAGGCAAAAAAGUUGGUCGGUCUGCUCGAACAACCUGCCGAUGUAAACAAGUAAACACACGACCGGCAAACUGCACAACGCGAGUUUUUGUGCCCUUGUGCUUUGACCGGAGUGUACCAGAGAAACGUUAUAAAAUCGUUUCGUACUCUUAGCGAUUUUCGAUCGAUUUUGACACUGUUUUAUCGGUACCGCGUACCCGCGAUUGAGAACCUAUAUGGCGGCAAAACGGGGAACGCGCUUCAAUUUUGUCGUCACGGUGUAAAAGUUGCAACAACUGAGCGUUUCCGCUGUUGAAAUAAUUAAAUAUACUGUAUCUGGUAGUCGUCAUACUACUAUUUUGUCUAGGAAAGACGGGUUCGCGUCGAUGUGCGGCGAGUCGCGAGUGAUUUUGUUAGAACGUGAAUAUUGUGAAGUUCAUUUUUCGCGAGAUUAUGGUGUUAUGGCUAGCAACGUUUUCGUAUGACAACCUGUUUUCCUCGUUUGUGGAUGUUCAUCCAUGGACAACUACUUCGGCAUCGUCCUAUUUGCGUUGUAAAAGGAAGCGGACGAAAGAGGGUGGAAUGAGGAGAUUUAUCCGGUGACCUCGUGCCGCGCGUGGUAAUGCUACUGGCAAGCGGUGCUUCGAUACCGACCAUCGCCGCUGCCGUCGAGGAGGAGGAAGAAUAUGCACGCAGCGAGGCGAACAGCGCACAGUACGAUGGCUAUGUUACCGAUCAUACCGAUCUUGCCUCCGAGAUUGAUAUUGACGAGUCCGAAUACAGGCGGGAGCUUCUCAACGAUAAAUGGCGAAUGCUAUUUGAUAAGUUUGAUCCCGAGGGAUUUGGCGAGAUACCGGUGGAGGAUUUUUUGGCGGCUUUGAAGAGUGCCGAAUGGAAAGCCGAGAUACCGCCGAAUAAACGAGACAUUCUUCUCACCAGAGCAAAGGAGUCGCGUGUUCAUGCGGUGACGUUCCAGGACUUCGUCAAUGUGAUGAGUGGCAAACGCACCAGGAGCUUCAAAUGCGCGGUCCACCAUCGUGACCGCGAGGUUUGCUCCGAAAACGAUUUUCACCUCCUCGUCCACGAGCCUCCUCUAUUCCACAGGAUGGUCCGCAUGAUCGGCGAUGAAUUCCUUACGGAGGAAAGGGACCGGAAAUACUACGCCGAUCAUUAUACCUGCUGCCCGCCGCCUCUCUUCAUUAUACUCAUCACCCUCGUGGAGCUGGGUUUCUUCACAUAUUAUACAGUAGCGAUGGGUGAGGUGAAUCCUUCUGGGCCCGUACCGAUCGACAGUGUCUUCAUCUACAGGCCAGAUAAACGUCUCGAGCUCUGGAGGUUCGCGUUUUAUAUGUUCCUGCACGCAGGGUGGCUUCACCUGUUAUUUAACCUGGGAGUACAGGUGGUCGUGGGACUUCCCCUGGAAAUGGUUCACGGAAGUCUGAGGAUUGCGGCGGUCUACAUGGCCGGAGUUCUUGCCGGUUCCUUGGGUACGUCUGUGUUCGAUACGGACGUCUAUCUCGUUGGGGCCAGCGGAGGCGUAUACGCCCUUCUUGCGGCACACUUAGCCAACGUCCUCCUUAAUUACAACAACAUGGAGUUCGGCAUAGUACGGUUGAUAGGCAUCUUCGUAAUCGCGAGCGCAGACGUGGGUUUCGCGAUCUACGACAGGUACGCGGCCGAGCAGAUGGGCCCGCCGGUCUCGUACGUGGCACACUUGACCGGCGCCUUGGCGGGCCUGACGAUCGGCCUCCUGGUGCUGAAGAACUUCGAGCAACGCCUCCACGAGCAGCUGCUCUGGUGGGUGGCACUCGGCGUCUACGCCGCGUGCACGAUCUUCGCGGUCAUGUACAAUCUGAUGCACCCAGACUAUCCCUGACGUGAGGUCAGCUUCGCGUACGGCCAACCGCGGAACACGUAACGCGAAGCUGACUAACGUCGAAUCGAAAAGAAGACGAGCAGGAGGAGGAAGAGGCGAAUAAAGAAACGGAAAAGAAGACGAAAGCGCGGGUGGAGUUCGCCGGAGGACGAGGAGCGGAUCUGCUUGCGGGUUUCGGAACGAGAUUGAGAAUCGAAGCCCCUGUUUCCGGCACCACGGUGGUUACGUUGCGAGAAGAUAUUGAGAUAUUUUUGUCGAAUGAGAACGUGGAACGUUGCGGUCUGAUCGAUCGAAAACGGACAGUCGACAUAUGAGCGAAACGCGAGAAGGAGACGGUGAUUGUUUUCCUCGAAUAAAUAUGAUAUUACGACUGGAAAACUUGAAGAAGAGUUUGAUUGACUGAGGAAGAGGCAAAAGUGACGCAACGUCGGAUAACUUGUAAACGAAUUAAUAUUAAAGAAAGAUAUUUAAUAGUCGUAACAGAAAGAACAGAGAAAACUAAUUUUCUAGUUGCUGGCUCUCGCAUAAAAUAGGAUACCUGGGAGUUGAUUAAAAUUCGAUGGAAGACGAAGAAUCGAUAUUUCAGCUAUUUUCGUGAAACGUAGUCACCGAUACAAAGUAAACGAGAAGUAGACGUCCCAUGACGCGUGAUAAUACUCUCUUUCAGUAUUUCAUCGACAGAGUAUUACUACUGGGAAUUAUAUGUAUAAUUUUUCGAAAAGGAUCUGGGGAGUAGGAGAAUUUCAAAUAACAAAAAUAGCACAAGAAUAAAUGGACAAGACGAAGGUUCAGUCGCAUCGGAAGAAUAAAUUUCAUUCUCACGUCGAUUCCUUGCAUUUUCCUCGCGUUUUAACGUAACAAGAUCAUUCUCGGACAAAAGAGCAAAGUCAAAGGAAGCGAAAGCCAAAAAGAAGAGAUCCUGAUCCUAGCUGGCCAGCGCGCGCUAACAUUUUUCUACUUUUCCCGGUGAGAAACCAAAGAUUCGAGAUACCUUGGGGAAUCGAUUUUCGGGACCCAAACGUCGUACGAUGCACGAGGAUCGAGGAACGCGCGCGGGCACCGAAGGUCGUCGAGCAACGGUGACGAAGAGAGAAGAAACGCUGUAAGAAACCACGAGGCGGGACGCGUUUCUCUCACUCCCGGUCUCGUGCGUUUUUCAGACGCAAGUAAACCAAAGAGUCUCACCGAACCUCCUGCUUUGUCCCUUUCAAUUUCAUCCUCCGAACGGACGACACGACGCGGCCGAGGGGACGGAAAUAGAGGCAAGAUGUUCCGGAAAUCCUUCGCGGUGUCGGGGAAACAGGAUGUCCAGAUACAUCACAUUACACGGGGAUCGAUCGAUCCCUGUUUCCCUGGUCAGAAGAACAGUUUCGCCGUAGAGAACCGAAGAAGAAUGAUCGUUCGCAAAUUCCGUCGAACCGACGGAGAGAGCUGCUGUAGGAAAUCGAGCGGGAUGUCGCGCAGAUCUCGAGGAGAUUGAAGGAUCGAACAUCUGCUGCUAGCGAUUCUCCGUCGCACUGAUUUGCCUCCAUUUUUUUAAGAAAGAUUUAUAUUAAAAAUUGUACGAUUGCCCGUCCGUCUCAAGAUUGAAUAACGAGAUUUUGUUACGUUCGAAUCCCUCGACAAUCGAAUUUCACCAAAUACAUUUCCGCUACUUCGUAUUAUUUCACCACGGGUAUAGAAUACAAUCUUCGAUGAGAGGUUCCCGUUUAAAUUACUAAAGAAUAAUAUUAAUGGAAAGAGAUAAUCGAUGAAGAAUCGUUGAACAAGAGUCGGUCACAAUGAGACAUUAAUGAAAGUAACUAUGUCAAUAAGACUAUCGUUGAAGGUACAGCCAUCGGUGGAGUAUUUGACGAUCGGACGGGCAAGAUUAUUUAAUGAAAUCCUUAAAGCGAUGAGAAAUGGCUUUCGAGCAGUGAAGCGAGAAAGGUGAUCCGCGCGCGAGUUACCUCUGAUCGUUUUCAGGGCAUUCGCCUAAUUGCCACACUAUACGCAAUGGUUGUAAGUUUCACAGCUUUUCUUUUGUAAUCGUCGAUCGUCGCGCGAAUCGCGCCCUAAUGUAUACCACUGUAAAUAAUUCUGUACAUAAAAUCAUGGCGCGUGUGUCAGUGUGUGCUCGUGAAGACUGUGCGAAGAUAAUAUUAUGUAAAGUGAGAAAAGCGCGUGGCCGUGCGGUCUAGUCUAACAGGUAAUCACGGGAAUGCUUGAAUACUCGUAUAAGAGAGAAGAUAAAGGUAGAGAGAAACGAGACAAAAGUAUUUUACAUUCGCAGUGUAUCGCUGAAUUAUUUUCUCUCUAGAACGCGGUUGUUCUGUGUGUUCUCGAUCCCUGUUCCCCUUAUCUCGGUACAGCGAUAGGACACAGUUUGUCCCGGCAAAAUCCUAGGUAAUUGGCUUAAUUAUUUAAGUAAUUGGGUUCGUCGCGAGAAGGCUCCUUCUAUUUAAUGGUAUUGCGAAAGGGUCGGUGAUAUUGACCUCCUCAGAUCCAUUCUGUUCGUCGAUCUAAAGAUCUCAAUGAAUCCCAACAAAAGAAAUUAAAUAACACUCGAUAUCUAUGAACGUCAUUGAUCUGCGAUUAGAGUAAGACAGUCUUUCUCCAUAGAUUCUCAGUUAUUUCUUACUGCCAAGAGUAGAGAUUAGUAAAUCAUGAUUUAUGUUCGGAGAAUAGGUUUCAUUUCUCACGCGGUGAGUUUGUUGAAAAUCUUCGGAGCGAGUAACAAAUUAUUUCUCUCCUUUGAUUUUGCGAGAGGAAGGAAGGGAGGAGGGGGAGGAAAUUCUUACCAAAAAGCCGAUGGCGAAAAGGCGAACGAGUUCAAACCGAGAGUGAUUAACGAUGCUAGUCAAUUAGUAGGGGCUGAAGGCAGCUACGGCGUUAAGACAUUGCGAAGGAAGAAAUUUUUUUUUGUUCCGAGGGGCGAGAAGUGACUCGUAACUUAAAUUCGUAUGAGAACACGAUCUUUGUUUGUCGACGAUUGCCAUCGUCGUUGCGUGAUUCAUGAUGAAUCUCUAAAUUACUUUAGUGGUGAAUUUCACCAAAAACAUGUAUUAAUACUCAUACGUGGCUGAGACUUGCAGCGACUGUCACAAACUUCCUUCUGGAAUCUCACUUAACGUAUCAGUUUAUUGGUUCUUUUGUAUCACUUUAGUAAUUAACGAGACUUGUAUAAUUUAGCAAUUUUUCAAUCGGGAGCCCAAUCCAUACAUAUUUAUUUAAGAAAGAGCGCCACGCCUUUGGUACGCGUUAAUUAAAAGCGAUUAAAACAGUCAGACUGUUAGAUGCGACGAACUUUAAUUCACAGCGUGAUUAAACGAGAUCCAAUACGAAUUACAUUCGUUCAGUUCUUCGCGCGAACUAGAAGCGAUAUGUAAAGACGUGUUCAAGCUUACAGUAUCGGCGACAGCAAUUGCUGGAUUUAAUCGUUUCUCUCUCGAGAUUACAGGAUAUGUACCUAAAAAGGGAGAACUUCGACGAGUACAUUUUAUUAUAUUUUGCACCUCUUAUUUAUUUAUUUAUUUAAUUUAUUAACCGACAACCGUGCGAAACGAACGCUCGAACGGGUGCUUUGAAAUCGUUCUAUGAAACUCGAUGUGAAUCUGAUCCUAUUACGAUACAAUCAAUCCUUAAGCUGUUUACCCAGACUAUACGACAUUGUUAUAAAGAUUUCAUAGUUUACUGGUUUUUCGAUUCCAUUCUGAGGACGAUUUCUGUGAUUAUAGAAGAGGCAUCGACGAAAACGUAGGACGAUUUCAAGGUAACCCGAUGAGGAACAAUUUGGCUCGAUAUCGAUAGAAUUCGCGUUCUCGCCAGCAGGGAUCCGUUUUCAUCGGGUUCUCGACAUUUCAGCGGCUUCGAAAUUCGCGUAGCUCGCAAUUCUCGUGGCAGUGGCACCCCGCGCCCAGCGAGACCACACAUAUAGGUGUACAAUGGACGUAUUAAUUCUUGUUUAAUUCCUAUUAUACAGCGGGUGGGCAUUGUUUGCCUGGAAUUCUGCUUUUAAUUGACGCAGUUCCACCACUACCGUUCGAGUGUCUGUUUCUGAAUAGCGAAGAGAUAACGCGCGUUCGCGUGAUCGUCGGGACACGAAUAUUCAUUCGAACUGUCCGUGAUAAUGUAUCAGACAUCGCCCCUAAGAAUUCGCGUGUCUCCGUACCACUGAGAAACGUGACCAGAUCAAAUUCAGUUAAUACCAAUUUAAAUUCAUGUUAAUAUCAGUUUAUCAGAUUUCAUCUUUUCCGUUCCUGCAAUUCCACGCGAACUAGCUUUAUCUCUGUGCAUUGAAAUAUUUAAACGUUCAUCGCUCGAUACUAUUUUGUAACAUCGAGGGAUGCAACUCUCACGUAGUGUACCUAUUGUUUUUUUGGCUAAUUCGUCUAGUCGGAGGAACGGUUCUCGUCAAAUUGUUCACACUAAUCCCUCCCCUUGUCCAUAAAAUUGUUUAACAAGUUCGUCCGAGAGAUUUGCCCGUCGUAUUAAUGUUUGCGGGCGCAGACGUAGAGCAAAGGGAUUCGAGCGAGUGAAAAGCAGGCCCGAUGUAAUUUUCAUAACACCACAUCCUUUCUUUCGUUAUUUAUUUAUUUAUAGAUACCAUUGAUAUACGAACACACGCGUGUACGUGCGGUCAGUCAUGAGACAAACAUUCACAAAGCCAAAGAGGCGGAGCUAGUAAAAAAAGAGAGAAAGGAACGCGUGAAAGAUAUCUUUCCGUGCGAUUGUAACUGAUAUUAUCGUUACUGUAGUUGUUACUUAUUAUUAUUAUAUUAUUAAUAUAUUAUUAUUAUUAUUAUUAAUUAUUAUCAGCGAUUCAUUCUUAUUGUUCUCAUCGUUCGAUGGACCUCGCAAGUCUUGUUCUCGUCGAAUGUGUUUGUUGGUCGGCUCGUCUCGUCGCAGUUCAUUUGUUUGUAUCACCGUACCUACUAUACCUAUGUAAGAUUUAUCGUGGUUGGAUUCGUCAUGCUACGAAUCCAAUUCUAAAUGAAAGACAAAGAAUUUUUUGUAAAUUGUAUAAAAAAAAACAAGUAGCAAAAGUUGUAAGAGGAACGCGAGAAGUAAUGCGGAAAAUAAAAUUUUUGUGAACAACCAA